GUAGAACUGAUCUCACAAUGAAGUGCAAAAUCCCAACGCAUAAGUGCUCUUCAUAUAUUAAGGACGGUAAAACGGAAUGGAUCAGCCCAACCUCCAUCCCUCCAUCGCCGUCGAUGACGCUGAGUAUAGUGAUUUUGAAGAUGGUGGAACGGACAUCGCCUCGCUUGCCUCCAGUGUAUUGGAAUACGAAUAUGAGAACGGGCGACGGUAUCCCAGUUCCCGAAUGGGAGGCUACUCGUAGGCAUUAUCUGCUUAUUGGAGUUAUGUAGUUUUUUAUAUCCACGAUCGCUGAUUAGCCAGUUCAAAGAAUGCCUAAUGACGACAAAGAGCAAGAUCGUUUGGACUUGACGCAUCAUAUCUGGCUCUUAGUUCUAGGAGGUGAAUUGUACAACGCGCCACUCAAUGGUCCACGACGAAUCUUGGACUUGGGCACGGGGACCGGAAUCUGGGCUCUUGAUAUGGCAGACAAAUUCCCAGAAGCACACGUCAUAGGAAACGAUAUCAGUCCCAUCCAACCACAGUGGGUACCGCCUAACCUGGAAUUUCUGGUUGAUGACUUCGAGAAAGACUGGCUGGAUAAGCCAAGUUCAUUUGAUUUCAUUCACGCAAGAGACUUAUCGGGGAGUGUCACCGACUGGCCCCGACUAUUUCGACAAGCAUUCGUUCGUUUACGUCCCGGUGGCUAUUUUGAGGUUCAAGAAAGCGCUCAAUGGGUUUGGAGCCCCGAUGGAACCGUGAAAGAUGACUCGGUAACUAUGAAGUUUGUAAGAAAUCUUGAUGCAGCUGGAAAACAGUCGGGUCGAGAGUUGAACAUUUACCACCGUCUGAGUGAAUGGGCUAAAUCAGAAGGUUUCGUUGACGUGACUGAAAGAACUUACAUAGUACCCUACACGCCUUGGCCAAAAGAUAGUCGACUGAAGGAGAUCGGGAGAUAUGUGUCGGCAAUGAUCCUGGAUGGGCUGGACGCAUACGGUCUGCGACUUCACACACAGAUUCUAGGUUGGAGUGUGGAAGAGACACAGAUCCUUCACGCGCUGGUGAGGGGUAUGGUAAGGGACCGAUCAGAGCACAGUUAUACUACCACAACAGUUGUGUACGCUCGAAAACCGCCGUUGGAAUAGGUUCGAAACAAGUCACCUAGAGAAAUUGUGCAAAUUUUGGAAUAUCAGAUUUGGUGGUUAUUAUUACUCGCUUCUGAGGCUUGGAAAAUUAAUUUCGAGUUUCUGUUGUUGCAUCCUAGUAAUAACUAGUCUAUAGGGCUUAUAAGCUUGGAAAUUUCAGAAUUACAAAUACAAUUAAAAAACACAAA